AAAAAAUCUAGAAACCUGGUGCACCAGAAAACCGUCAACUAUGCUGGGAAAAAACCUUCUUGAUACAGAAAGGGUCCAUAGAGGAAAAAAUCUUCUUCAGUUAUCCUCCACCUGUGGAUCUUAGGUUGAUAGGGUUUGGGAAUGGAGGAAAGAGGAGGUGACGAGCUGCGGACUGCGUUGCUUAAAGAUGCCGUACCGCUCUCGCCGCCGUCACCAUCAGCGGUGGUGGAAGGGAUGGUUCGGUUGAGGAACUCGGUGACCUCUCUGAGAAGGGAGUUUCUCUGGAGACUCCCUGAGAAGGUAAGGGCAGGUGUCGAUCCUGAGAAGCCUUACCAUUUCAUCACAUCUCGCGUUGAAGGAUUGAAGAAAGGAGAGAAAGAAUACUAUAAUAGGCAGUUCGAUACUCUGAGAUCAUUCGAGGAAGUCGAUGCUUUGAACGAACCUGAUUCCUUCACUGAUGAAGAACAGAAGGCGGAGUUAGCCCGCAGUGAAUUUGCCAUGAAGAUAUCAAAUUAUGCUAAUAUUGUUCUAUUAGCACUGAAGGUUUAUGCUACAAUAAGAAGUGGAUCAAUAGCCAUUGCUGCUUCGACUCUUGAUUCGUUAUUAGACCUUAUGGCUGGUGGUAUUCUAUGGUUUACUCAUAUGUAUAUGAAAAAGGUGAACAUUUACCAGUUUCCAAUUGGCAAGUUGAGAGUGCAACCUGUUGGCAUCAUUGUUUUUGCUGCUGUAAUGGCUACUCUAGGAUUCCAAGUUCUUGUUCAGGCUCUGGAAAAAUUGAUAGAAAAUAAGCCUUCUGAAAAAAUGUCGUUUGUGCAAUUGAUUUGGCUGUAUUCAAUCAUGCUUUCUGCUACUGUGGUAAAACUUGCUUUAUGGCUUUAUUGUAGAACAUCUGGAAACAAGAUUGUCCGGGCCUAUGCAAAGGAUCACUAUUUUGAUGUGGUUACUAACGUUGUGGGUUUGGCUGCUGCUAUUCUUGGUGAUAAAUUUUAUUGGUGGAUUGAUCCUGCUGGAGCCAUUGUACUUGCUCUUUAUACUAUUACAAAUUGGUCAAGAACUGUCUUGGAAAAUGCAGUUUCACUUGUCGGUCAAUCAGCCCCGCCUGACAUGUUACAGAAGUUCACCUACCUUGUAAUAAGGCAUGAUCCUCAAAUUAAACGUGUUGAUACAGUUAGAGCUUAUACAUUCGGAGUUCUUUACUUUGUGGAGGUUGAUAUUGAGCUGCCAGAAGAUUUGCCUCUCAAAGAAGCUCAUUCUAUUGGAGAGUCACUGCAGGACAAGAUUGAGCAACUUCCAGAAGUUGAGCGCGCCUUUGUUCACCUUGAUUUUGAAUGUGAUCAUAAGCCAGAGCAUUCUGUUUUAAGCAUGCUGCCUAGUAACUAAAGCCUUACUCCUCUACUCAAUGGCAUCAAAAUGUAGAAAGAACAAUCCAAAAGUCUCAAAGAAGAUCAGGAGCUAGGGAGGCAUAGGCAGAGGAAAGAACAAUCCAAAAGUGGAUCUGAAGUCUUAUAUAAACGUACAACUAGCUUUCUGAAUCAUUCGAUUUACGAGUAAUUAUCAAUGCUAUAUGCGGAUUCUUUAAGCACUGAAAAAUAGCUGCCUAUAAAAUAAGAAACAGAUCAUCUUUUGCUUCUAUGCCAAAAACACCAAAUUUUAAGGCUUACAAAGCCUUCAAAUAAUCGGAUCUUAUUUGAAGAAUUCAGUUCAAAAGAUUGUUUCGGUGAAAUUAAAAUCUCA